CUGCAAUUGGGAUUAAAAAAUAAUACGCAGCUGCGUAUUAAUGUCUUUUCGUUGGCAUUUCAAAUGACCGAAACAAGUCAAACAUUUGUUACAGUUGGGUUUCUCCUCAAAAGCAAAUGAAAUUCAUUUGCAAAUACUGUACUGAACCAAAACAUAAUGACAACACAAAUAUUAUUAUUGUCUUGCGGAUCGGCUCCAACACCUGACAUUUGUCAAACAUAUGUGAAUCAAUUUACUGUGGAAAAAAUACAGCGUUUUAAUCCCUGGAUAUAGACCAAAGCCAGCCAAUUCGCAACUAACCCGUGGUCACACACUAUCUUCCUAGCAGAACGCACCCGGGGCAUUCUGGGAAGUACUAUUUGGAUCCGGUAGAGGGCAGUAAAAUGACAUUUCCCAGCAGCUACCGCGGGAUGCGGGCCGAGAAACCCUGCAUAACUUACUCACCUUCAUAUCUGGGUUUUCUGAUAAUAACACUUAGUUUUGUAUAGAGUUCAUUUCCAGGGCGUUAUGAACGGAGCUAUGCACAGCCCGCCCACUGUGUUGGACAUCAAGCUUAAAAGAGGACCAGCAGGCCUGGGGUUCAACAUUGUGGGAGGGUUGGAUCAGCAAUAUGUGAUGAAUGACAGUGGAAUCUACGUGGCCAAAAUUAAGGAGAAUGGAGCUGCUGCUUUGGAUGGCAGACUACAAGAGGGGGACAAAAUCCUGGCGAUUAAUGGGCUGAAGCUGGAGAACCUGUCUCACAGUGCUGCUGUGGAGCUCUUCCGAUCAGCAGGGGAAGAUGUGCAGCUCCUGGUGCAACAGAGGCCACUGGCGUCCAUGAACGGUCCCUCGAAAGCCCGGUCUGACAGCGAUUCAUCUGUCUUUACCUUAGGAAUGGCGAGCUUCUUGGCAGCUGCUGUAGUUCUCGCUUUCCUCUAUGUGCGCUUCCAACCCCGUAUUCGGAGACACUUUUAAAUCUUAUUCCCUUCUUCAUUAAUAUUUUAAGGACAGAAAUGGAGAUGGAAUUUUUUUUUUUUUGCUUA